AAAAGACGCCCGCACUGCACCCUCUGUGCGUUCUUCCAGUCUGCCCCUUCAACUUCCCCCACUUGCCAGACUAAACACCAGACACAAUGAGUUCACCACUCCGUCCCAGCAAUUCUGCUGCAAACCGCGGCCUAGGGAACCUGGGUCGUCGUAAGAGAUCCAGAGAGCCCGAUGAUGAGACCUCAUCAGUCGUUCCCCCCUCAAGUCCUCCCCCUUCCUCCCCUCCCAUGCUUCCUUUCGACGACGACGACAACGAGCGGGAUGAAGAAGCAGAGCUCCUCGGCGACAUCGAUGACAUUGACGAGAUGGCUGAGGAUGAGGACGGAAUUGAUCUGUUCGGCGACAACUUCGAGAAAGAUUACCGGAGCACAGCAGACGACCAGUACAGAGGAGAAUACAUCGAUGAUGACGGCGACCACGAAGAACUCGACAUGGCUACCCGACGCCAACUCGAAGCCCGCAUGAAUAAGAGAGACCGAGAACUCGAACGUCGUCGUCGCAUGCCAGCAGCUUUCUUGCAAGACGAUGAAGAUGGCGACAUAGAUCUUACUCGUCAACCCCGUCGCCGGAGACACCAUUACGAUGAAGACCGGGAAGAUGUCGAGAUGGGCGACGAUGCCUUGGAAGAGCUCUCCCUGGAGGAGUUGACUGAUGUCAAGGCAGCCAAUCUCACUGACUGGGUUCUGCAGCCUCAAGUCCUUCGCUCCAUCUACCGAGAGUUCAAGUCCUUCUUGACAGAGUACACUGACCCCGCCGGUGCCUCCGUCUACGGAAACAAGAUCAAGACCCUUGGUGAGGUUAACUCAGCAUCCCUUGAAGUCUCAUACGCCCAUUUGCUUGAAACCAAAGCGGCACUUGCAUACUUCCUUGCCAAUGAGCCCACGGAGGUCCUGAAAGUCUUCGACCAGGUCGCCCUUGAUGUUACUCUAUUCCACUACCCUCAAUACCACGACAUUCACAACGAAAUCCAUGUCCGCAUUACCGAUCUUCCCGUCUCUUACACCCUCCGUCAACUGCGCCAGUCCCAUCUCAACUGUCUCAUCCGCGUCAGCGGUGUCGUUACUCGCCGUACUGGCGUCUUCCCGCAACUGAAGUAUGUCAUGUUCAUUUGCAGAAAGUGUAACAUCACGCUUGGCCCCUUCCAGCAGGAAGCCAGUGCGGAAGUCAAGAUCUCUUACUGUCAGAACUGCCAGUCCAAGGGGCCGUUCACCGUGAACUCUGAGAAGACCGUUUACCGGAACUACCAGAAAUUGACCCUGCAGGAAUCUCCCGGCUCCGUGCCCGCCGGUCGACUCCCCCGCCAGCGGGAGGUCGUCCUCCUUGCCGACCUUAUCGACUCGGCCAAGCCUGGUGACGAGAUCGAGGUCACUGGUAUCUACCGCAACAGCUACGACGCUCAGCUCAACAACAAGAACGGCUUCCCCGUCUUCGCCACGAUCAUCGAGGCCAACCAUGUAGUCAAGUCCCAUGACCAGCUGGCUGGUUUCCACUUGACGGAAGAAGAUGAACGUGAAAUCCGUGCCCUGUCCAGGGACCCUGAGAUCGUUGACAAGAUUGUUCGCUCCAUCGCCCCCAGUAUCUACGGCCAUCUGGACGUCAAGACCGCCAUCGCUCUCUCCCUAUUCGGUGGUGUCAGCAAAGAAGCCCAAGGCAAGAUGUCCAUUCGUGGAGACAUCAACGUCCUCCUGCUGGGUGAUCCAGGUACGGCCAAGUCUCAGUUCCUCAAGUACACCGAAAAGACCGCCCACAGAGCGGUCUUCGCAACCGGUCAAGGUGCCAGUGCCGUCGGUUUGACGGCCAGUGUCCGUCGCGAUCCUCUUACCAGUGAAUGGACCCUCGAAGGAGGAGCCCUCGUGCUAGCAGACCGCGGUACCUGUCUGAUCGAUGAGUUCGAUAAGAUGAACGACCAGGAUCGUACCUCCAUCCACGAAGCCAUGGAACAGCAAACCAUCUCUAUCUCCAAGGCCGGUAUCGUGACCACUCUGCAGGCUCGCUGUGCUGUCGUUGCCGCCGCCAACCCCAUCGGUGGCCGGUAUAACAGCAGCGCACCCUUCUCCGAGAACGUCCAGCUCACCGAACCUAUCCUCUCCCGUUUCGACAUCCUCUGUGUCGUUCGCGACCUCGUCGACCCAAGCGAGGACGAACGUCUCGCCAACUUCGUCAUCGAAUCUCACCACCGCGCCAACCCCGCCCGUCCCCUCCGUGACCAAGACGGCAACCUAAUCAACACUGACGGCCAGGCCAUCGAUGAAGAAGGCUACCGCAUCGACAAGAAGACCAAGCACCGCCUUCCCUUGACCGACGAGGAGCUCGCCACCCGGGAUGCCGAAAAGCACAGACGCGAAGAAGAAAAGGAAGGAGAGAUUCCCCAGGAACUUCUCCGCAAAUACAUCCUCUAUGCCCGAGAGCGCUGCCACCCGAAGCUCUACCAGAUCGACCAGGACAAGGUCGCCCGUCUGUUCGCCGACAUGAGACGCGAAUCUCUAGCCACGGGUGCUUACCCUAUCACCGUCCGUCACCUCGAAGCCAUUAUGCGUAUCGCCGAAUCCUUCUGCAAGAUGCGUCUUUCGGAAUACUGCUCCGCACAGGACAUCGACCGCGCCAUCGCCGUCACUGUCGACUCCUUCAUCGGCAGCCAGAAGGUCAGCUGCAAGAAGGCUCUGUCUAGGGCAUUUGCCAAAUACACACUCUCCCGCCCCAAACCCCAAUCUAAGCGGAAAGCCGGUAUCCCCGCCCCCGACCCUUUCAAGCCACGGAUGCAAUCAUCUACCCGGGCGCGGUAGACCAAUCACUACCUUUUAAAUGCUGAAUGAAUGACUCUUCCUGUUUCGGUUUUCCAAGGGCUUAGGGAAAGGUGCGGACUAUUUAGGGGCUUUUAUCAUGAACAUCACUGAUGGAUUGAGUGAUUGAUUAUGUUUGUAUGUAUGGGAGUCUCGGGGUUGGGUUUCAUAUUUUCUUUUACUAUUUUUCAUACGGACCUAUAUGAUGAUGGCAUUGAGUUUUCUUUUGGUUCUGACACGGAUGGGGUCGAAUGUGAUUUCUUUACAUUUAGCUGGUUUAGCUCGGAUAUACCUAUUUAUGGAUCUUGUUAAUCUCGG